AUGGCCUUUGUAUCAUCAAUCUUCUUUUAGCUCCCAACAAAAAAAAUACACCUUCCAUUUUUAUAAUUCUCAUUGCUCAUUGGGUCCAAUUUUGUGGCUAAAAAGUAAAUAGUAGAAUAUUUGCAAAAAUGUCACUUCCUGAGACACAAAAUGAUGCAAAAGCUCUCCCUGAUGCUUGGGAUUACAAAGGGAGGCCAUCUCUUAGGUCCUCCUCUGGUGGUUGGGCAAGUGGAGCAAUGAUUUUAGGUGUUGAAGCUGUGGAGAGGCUAACCACACUUGGUAUUGCUGUAAACUUGGUGACUUAUUUGACUGGAACUAUGCAUUUAGGCAAUGCUACUGCAGCCAACAAUGUCACCAAUUUUCUUGGAACUUCUUUCAUGCUCACUUUGCUUGGUGGCUUCAUUGCUGACACUUUCCUUGGAAGGUAUCUAACAAUUGGAAUAUUUGCCACAGUUCAAGCAAUAGGUGUCACAAUCUUGACCAUUUCGACCAUAAUCCCAAGUUUGCGACCACCAAAAUGUGAACAAGGUAGCUCAUCAUGCAUCCCGGCUAACGGCAAACAACUCAUGGUCCUAUACAUUGCGCUAUACAUGACCGCCCUCGGUACGGGCGGUCUAAAAUCAAGUGUCUCGGGAUUUGGGACCGACCAAUUCGACGAUUCGAACGAAAAGGAAAAAGGACAAAUGAUAAAAUUCUUUGAUUGGUUCUUUUUCUUCAUAAAUGUUGGUUCACUAGGUGCAGUUACAAUAUUGGUUUAUGUACAAGAUAAUUUGGGAAGGGAAUGGGGUUAUGGAAUUUGUGCAUGUGCAAUUGUUAUUGCACUUGUAUUAUUUUUAUUUGGUACAAGAAAAUAUAGGUUUAAAAAACUUGUUGGAAGUCCAUUAACACAAAUUGCAUCAGUAUUUGUGGCUGCUUGGAGAAAUAGGCAUAUGGAAUUGCCAUCAGAUUCAUCACUUCUUUAUGAAAUUGAUGACAAUGUUUUUGGUGAAGGACACAAAAAAAGAAAGCAAAAAUUGCCUCAUAGCAAGGAAUACCGAUUCUUGGACAAGGCAGCCAUUAAGGAAGAUGGUCUUGAAAGUAAUGUUGUGAACAAGUGGAAAGUGUCAACAUUAACAGAUGUUGAAGAAGUAAAAUUGUUAUUCAGAAUGUUACCAACUUGGGCCACAACAAUUAUGUUUUGGACUACCUAUGCACAAAUGACCACAUUUUCUGUUUCACAAGCAACCACUAUGGAUCGUCACAUCGGUAAAUCAUUUGAAAUCCCGCCCGCCUCGCUCACCGCGUUCUUCGUUGGAUCCAUCCUCUUGACCGUAAUUUUCUAUGAUCGAGUCAUCGUUCCGAUUUGUCGACGUUUCGCUAACAAACGCCAUGGACUCACCCCAUUGCAAAGAAUUUUCAUAGGGUUAAUCCUUUCAAUUAUAGCCAUGAUUGCAUCUGCCUUAACUGAGGUUAAAAGAUUAAAUGCUGCCCACUUAAAUGGGCUUACAAAUGACCCAAAUGCCACAAUUCCAUUAAGUGUAUUUUGGCUAAUUCCACAAUUUUUAGUUAUUGGGGCAGGUGAAGCUUUUACAUACAUUGGCCAAUUGGAUUUUUUCUUAAGAGAAUGUCCAAAAGGUAUGAAAACUAUGAGUACUGGCCUAUUUUUAAGUACCCUUGCAUUAGGGUUUUUCUUUAGUUCAAUUUUGGUUACAAUUGUACAUAUGGUGACUGGGACAACACAUCCAUGGAUAGCUGAUAAUUUGAACCAAGGGAAGUUACAUGAUUUCUACUGGCUAUUGGCAAUAUUGAGUGUGUUGAACUUGAUGGUUUUCUUGUAUACGUCGAAAACGUACGUGUACAAGGAGAAGAGGCUUGCAGAAAUGGGAAUUGAACUCGAGGACUCUGGACCAGUUUGUCACUAAAAUAGAGGAUCACACUCUAUCACUACU